CACUUCACAACAUAAUUUUAGAGGUCAACGCCUUUCACCGAUCACCAUACCUCAGUUUAUCAAUUUAUUCGCGCGCAAACUGCCAAAGAAUUUGCUCGGUCUCCUCCCUCGCCUCCUCUCUGCCACCUUCCAUAAAUUCCAUGGCGUCUCCGCCUUCAACGAACUACAGGAUUCGCUAAACCAAGAAACACGGCAAUGGCGCUGCACGUCGUCGAAGGCACCUGCACUGGUGGAGCCAUCAUCAGCCACCUCUCUAGUCCUCCUCCUUCCUGCUCCUCCUCCUCUUGUGUUGUUCUUCUUGAUGCCGCUGAAGAGUUAGCUAAUAAUCAGCUGCCUGCUGCUCAACGUCCAGCCAAGAACAUGUCGGCGUUUGGGGUGCUCGUCACCGCACUGGUCCUGUCGUGCGUCGCCGGCGCCAGCAUCGCCGGAUACGUGUUCAGUGUUCUACAAGUUCAGGCUCAGGCGAUACAUGGACUCGGAGAUCAUGGCGCAGUGCAUGCCCCUCGACAGCCAGCAUAGCGAGAACCAGCCGCUGAGGACGGAGGAGGCCCAGCAAGCGUAGCUAGACAGGUGACAACGUCUUCGGCUUCACCUUCACGUGAUGAGAAUGCAGCAUAAAGUACCUGACUUUUCCACACAGUUGCUGAAGCUAUCCAAAGCCAUCUCUCCUCGACCGAGUCUCGAGAUUU